AUGAAUUAUUUAGCCAUUAAUAUCAGGGGGGCCGACGGGUUGGAUAAAGCCAACUGGGUCAAUAAAAGGGUAAGAGACCAUAGGGUUUCUUUCCUUUGCCUACAGGAAACUCAGAAGUCUGAUUUAGGAGAGACAGGCGUCCGCCGAUUUUGGGGGAACAGACCUGCGGGUAAUGUUUGUGUCAACGCUCUUGGGAGAUCCGGGGGGUUACUGUCGGUUUGGAAUCCGUCUGAACUCCUGGUGAAUAACAUCAUCAAACACGACUCAGUAAUUGUGGUUUCUGGCCGGCAUGUGGCAUCGGGGAUCACCUUAAAUGUUGCAAAUGUGUAUGCGUUCAACGACCAAUCUAAAAAAAGAGACAUCUGGAGGGUUUUGCUCGAGCUUAGAAAUAAUCUUAACGGGGCAUGGAUCUUCAUCGGGGACUUAAACGAGGUCUGGGAUAUAGACGACCGCCUAUAUUCCAGAUUUGAUCAUAAAGGGGCUUCUGUCUUUAAUGAUUUUAUCAAUCAGGCAGGCCUAAAUGAGUACCCUAUGGGGGGUUGCAGAUUUACGUUCAUGCCGGAAGAUGGCUCCAGCCUGAGCAAGAUCGAUAGGGCACUCGUAUGCGACGUAUUUAUGGAGAAUUGGCCGUAUGCCAGUUGGCUAGAUAAGGAGGGUCUAGGGGGAAUAGUUUUGAAGUCUGUGAUGGCAAAUUCUUCGAAUACAGAUUGCUUCACGGGGAAAAUUCAGGAGCAAAAGAUCAGUAGAGAAACAAACAGAGAAGCAAAGGAACUAGAAAAUAUUGCGGUUGUCAGGCCCUUUUGCAAGGAGGAAAAAGUAAAAAGAGCUAACUGUCGUCUUCAGAUUAAGCGUUAUGAGAAAAAUAAGGUGGCAGAUCUGAUUCAGAAGGUGGCCAAUAAUCGGAUUAAUUCUUUUGAGAUAGAUGGGGUCGUUAGAAUGGAUCCCACGUUAAUUAAGAAGAAAAUUAUGCCGUUCUUCAAGAAACAGUUUGCUGAAAAAUGUGCUAAAAGGCUGUAUAUUUCCAAUGCCGAGUUCAAGAAGCUUUCAGAUUCCCAAAGUGCACGUCUGGUUACGAGAUUCUCAGCGGAGGAGGUGAAGAGAGCGGUAUGGGAUUGUGGUGGCGACAAAGCCCCGGGUCCGGACGGGUUCACUUUUCGAUUCAUAAAGCGUUUCUGGCACAUUCUGGAACCGUUUUUUGUCAACAUGCUGGAUCAGUUUUUUCAGUAUCAUUCUAUUCCUCCGGGAUGCAACUCCUCUUUUAUUUCUCUCAUCUGA